CCUUUUUUUUUUUUUUAUAUUUAUUUAUUAAAUCCUCUUUUUUUUUUUCCUCUCUCUUUUUUUCCUCUCUCUCUCUUUAUAAAUAAAAAUGCACGAUCAGAAAAAGGAGAAUUCUUCCUUGGCAAUUGUAUCCUCGGUUUUAUUUCCUCAUCAUACUGAAGUGGCUUUACUAGAAAAACGAACCGCUAAUGCACAUUAUCUACCCGGCGCAUGGAUCGAACAACCCCAAGAAUCCACUGAUAUCGACCUAUUAAAACAAACUAUCGCCAGUCUACGUAAAGAAACACAGCAACUAGAGGAAACAGACGAACUCGUCAAAAAGAACAUACAAAUUGUCGCAAGGAAAAGGCGUCUCGUACGUCGAACAGAUGAAGAUGACGAUAUUUAUAUAGUCGUACCCAGUGACUUCAUACCCACAAAAGACCAAAUGAAGGCAGCUGGAUUGGAUGGCUGGGAAUGGGUAUCUUCCUCUUUUACAAAUGAUGAGGAUGAUGAAUAAAAAAAAAAAAAAAAAAAAUUGCAUGAUUUAGCAGUCACUUGUGUCGUAGUUUUUUUGCUGUGUGUGUGUUUUGUGUGUGUGUUGUGUGUGCGUGUGUGUGUGUCUUAUGUGUGUGUCU